GGAGUAAAUCAAUGGGGGUAAAAGAAACAUUGGACCUUUAUUGACCAAUCACGAUACCGAAUUCAGYCGAUUAUUUCGUUGACAGUAGUUUGUAAGUGAAACAUACAAGAUGACAGAUAUGUAAAUAACGGUUGAUAUGGCGAUAAGGAAACGACCUCCAGACAGUUGGUCAAGCCCAGUAGUCAUGAAUCCCAGUUCUCCCUGUGAGGGCCAGAGCCCUGAGGGUGACCCUCCAGACGAUUGGUUCCACCUUUCCACCAUGUCUCUGGGUACUCAGGGCUCUGAUGGGAGCCGGGAUGACCCAGAGGAACAUGAGAAGAGAGGCAGACUCAAGUCCAAGUUGGUGUCAGCAUGGAACAAUGUCAAAUAUGGCUGGUCGUUCAAGUCAAAGGCCCGCUUCAGCAAGACCUCUCCUCUGACCAUGCUUGGACAGUCUUAUCUGCUCAGUCAUGGAGUGGAGAGGGAGUGCUUUCGCCGGGCCUUUGCCACUCUGUUGUGGCUGACGUACAGGCGGGGCUUCCCACAGCUGGAUGGUUCCUCUCUGACCACAGACAGUGGGUGGGGCUGCAUGCUGCGCAGUGGACAGAUGCUCCUGGCACAGGGGCUGCUGCUACACCUGCUGCCGCCAGGCUGGAUCUGGCUCUCUGCCAACAUGUGUCCAAAGAUGACAUUGAGGUACAGGAGUCUCGCUCCUUGGGUCCAGAGUUGACGAAGAAGGAAGAGGAAGAGCAUAGUGUCCUUCCUGGAGAGCCGGACUGAGGUCACUCACAGACGGGUGGUGUCCUGGUUUGGGGAUCAUCCCAUCGCCCCGUUCGGGCUGCAUCAGCUGGUGGAACAGGGCACAAGCUCAGGGAAGAAGGCAGGGGACUGGUAUGGCCCCUCCUUUGUAGCACACAUACUUCGUCUGGCUGUUGACGCAGCAUCAGCAGAGGUGUCCAAUCUGACAGUGUAUGUAGCACAGGACUGCACUGUGUACAUAGAUGACGUGGUGAGGCUGUGUGAGAGACCUCUAUCUGAGGGCUCCACAGGACCCAGUCCAGCCUGGAAGUCUGUCAUCAUCCUGGUCCCUGUGCGCCUGGGAGGAGAAGUCCUCAACCCCACCUACAUUAAAUGUGUCAAAAAUCUCUUGAGGUUAGAAUGCUGCAUUGGAAUCAUUGGUGGCAAACCCAAGCAUUCUCUGUUCUUCGUUGGGUACCAAGACGAACAGCUGUUGUGCUUGGACCCCCACUACAGCCAGUCCACAGUGGAUAUCACACAGGAUAACUUCCCCUUAGAGUCAUUUCACUGUAAGUGUCCCAGGAAGAUCUCCUUCAGUCGCAUGGAUCCCAGCUGCACUAUAGGCUUCUAUGCCAAGAGCCAGAAGGAAUUUGAGUUACUGUGCUCAGCUGUUAACACGGCUCUCUCAUCAUCAACAGAAAAGUACCCCAUCUUCACCAUUGCAGAGGGUCAGGGACAGGAUGGGGGGCAGGAGGAUGAGAGCGAUGCACCCCCAAACGCUAUCACCCACAUCCUGACCAAGGAUAAGGCGAGGCUGAGAAGGACCAAUAACAGCAACAGCAUGGAUGAGUUUGUGUUAUUGUGAACUAACGUAGCAGGUAUAAAAGUUCUAAGCUAGGUUGAAUUAGCUGUAUCCCUGAAAACUGGAACAUCCGGUUGUUGGCAACUCCGAUAAGGGUGCUGUGAACAGACUGACUGAAUGUGCCCUGAGUGGCCAGCAGGGAACAUAAUUCACAUACCAACUCAUACACACGGUUACUGAACUGAGCUUUAUCAGUGGCAGCUACUGACGGGGCACAUGCUCCAGCAUUAGCCUUUAUCCCCAACCUCCACAGGCAAUAAACAGGCUGGGUGAGGUGUUGCUGAAUAGAACAGGCCAAUGACACUAUUCUUGUGUAUUUAWUAGUUUGGUCUAAUUAUUUGUUUUAAGGGGACGUGUUUAUGAAUGUAACAAUGUUUUUAAAUGAAGGUUUCUCUAUAAUUGUUUUUAAUUUAAGGUUUUGAUAUUAGUAUAGUUUUGAGGUUCUUACGUUAAAUAACCUGCCUUCAACUUCGUUGUUUACUAUUCUACAUGAAGUCAUGGGUGACUGUAUGCCUGGCUGAAAGACACUAACUGACCCUAUUUCAUCAUUGUGUAGAUAGGCUGCUCAUCCCAUAGUCCUCUCCACUACAACCUUUUGUUGAACUACUUUGUCCAGCAUUAGACUCUGAGCUGCUGUUUGACGUCAUGUGACAGGAUGUCUGCUCUGUGAAUGGAUUAGGAAAUUGGAUUCCUUAGACCUUGUGACGUGCACAUGGAACCGGUGAAGGAAUCAAUUUGUCUUCUUA